AGUUCUCCCCGUGAACUUUAACCUUUUGGAAUUGUUUACUGUUUACACUAAGGAGAUGCUGGAUGCCGGAUGCUGGUUCGUGUUCACUUUACUGAAGGAAGGAUGCUAACAAGAUGAUAAUCCUGGUUUCCAUCAUUACCGCAUCAGCGGUUUGCUUAAUUUUUUAUCUGCUGAAGACUGAUCCUCCUCCUAAAGCUGGGAUCUACAGACAACCAGGAAGAUGGUACUGGCUCAAGCGUUUGACUUUCAAAGUUCUGUUUUUCUUACGGUCUCUAAGAAAAAAAUCACACUCUAAGUCAUCCUCACCAGAGAAAAGCAAUGGUGCACAUGAUAACGUCAGAGGCUACGGUCAUGGGGACAGCCAGGAAGAGAUGGAAAAACCCCAGAUGCUGUCUCGUCAUCAAGAUGCGAUUGACUGUUGCUUCUUUGGUGGAACAGACAAAAAUGGAUGCAAACUGAUUUGUCGACUUGCAAAACGCCACAACCAAAGUGCAGAAAUCUGGCUAUUUUUGGACAUUCCUGGGAUUGGCUGCCUUCAGCAUCCUUUUCACCCAGAUACGAGCGCAUUCUUCACUGACGGGAACAGCUUCAGAGCUGGGGGCUUGUUCUUUGAGAUGCUGGAACCCAUGUGUAGAUGGAAGAUCUCUUUUAGUGGGAAGCUGAGGAAAGGGCUUUGCAAUGAUAUACACCAGAAGCCUGCUGAAUAUGUUCAAACAACAUUCUCAUUCAUAUGGAGUGCCUUUUCUGAACCGUUUAACACAGACACAGACAUGAGUGUGUCAGCUCUUGGUGACAGCUUGGCCAGGGAAAAAUGGAGCAGAGAUUUUUUUCACCGACUGAAGCUCCAUCACCAGACUCACUAUGACCAGUGGGGGGAGCUCAGAGGUUGUAUUGCUGUGGAGGGUUAUGAGGAGAAGCAGCUCUACUUGCAGUGCAUCAGGGAUCACAGCUAUGGCACAAGAGACUGGAGAAACUUUCAUCGCUACAUUCUGCACUACAUAUACCUGGAGACUGGCAUGACUAUCCAUGUGGGUGUAUUUUGUCAGCCAAGCUUAAUGUCUCAUGUGAAGAUUGGCCAUGUUAAUUACGCUAACGGAGACCAGGUUCCUGUGUCGGACAUUGACCUCAAACUGUGGGAGGUCGGUGAAGCUGACCAGACUCCUCCUUCUACAUGGAAGUUUUCAUUCACGGCAGACGGACUGAUAUAUCGAGUAGAAGCCGAAGGUGGCAUAAUGCCUGUGUGGUACCAUCACGAGGAUCGUGGGGGCAAGGUCAUGGAAGUGUUCACCAAGUUCAAGGUCAAUUCACAUGAAGGCAGAGGUCACAGUGAAUUCUUUUACAGAAACAUGGAGGGCCCACCUGUUGUCUUGCCGGCAACGUGCCCGCUGGUGUCUGAGCCAUCUGAGAUUGUCACUGAAGUAAACAAGAAGGAGUUGAUCUUGCCGUUUGCCUCUGAAGCAUGCGGCUCGCCAGCUUUAGUGGGUGGCAAAGGUGCUCAGUUGGCGUUACUCACCAGACUCCAGGAAGAGGUCAAUGCUGAGGUCCCAGCUGGUAUCUGUGUCACAUUACACGCCUUUGAGACUCAACUCAAGGAGAACCCAGCUUUAGUCGACUCCAUAGAUGCCAUUGCCAGAGCUGCUGUUGAGGAUUUGCCUAGUCUGCCAUCUGUGUGCUCUGAUGCUGUGGAGCUCCUGGUGCUGACUCCUGUAUGUCCCGAGGUGACUGAUGCUGUUCUUGGCUCACUGCAAGGAUUGACUGAUGGUCAGCUGGAAACAACCCGCUUUGCAGUACGAUCAUCAGCAGCUGGUGAAGAUGGUGUCGAGGCUUCCUCUGCUGGUCAGAUGGAGACACGACUUGGCGUGGCUGGAUCCGUCCAGGUCCUGGAGGCGUUGCGAGCGUGUUGGGCCUCAGUCUACUCAACCCAGGCUGUGGAGUAUCGUAGGCAGCACGGUCAGUCAGUCAACGUGUUGGUGGGUGUGGUCAUACAGAGGAUGGUUCCUGCUCAGUCUGCUGGUGUCCUUUUCACCUGUGACCCGAUAAGUGGCAGCAACAGUUCCCUGGUCAUCAACGCCAACUUUGGCCUGGGAGAAUCGGUGGUGUCUGGCCGGGCAGACCCAGACACAGUACAAGUGCUGAGAGACCCAGAGUUCCCCUUUGACCCAGAUGGUUUAGUGAUUGGGACAUCUAGAGCCGGGGAGAAGAAAUUCAAGGUGUCUCAAGCAGGUGAGGGAGGUAUCAUUGAGGAGGAGACGACAGAAGCUGACAGUUCUCUGUGUUUGUCUCCGCACAUGAUCCUUAAACUGGCUGUGCUUGGUGUUGAGCUGGAGAAGCGUUUUGGAUCACCUCGUGAUAUUGAGUGGGCCGUCGUGAAUGAUGAGAUUUUUAUGCUCCAGACGCUGAAUAUGCACCUUGGAGGGCGUCACAAAGCCACUCACCUUCACAAGACCCUUCCUAGCACCUCAGGACAUUUGUUCAUCUGUCUCACCGAGGUGAGCACGAUUCUGAUGAGCACGCUGAUGGUCAGCAAGGAUGUGGCUGAGAUAAGUCUACUCGGCAGUACACUACCGGAGCUGACGGUCGACCAAAUCCAGAACUAUUUUGGUCGCUCUCGUAGUGUUUUUACCCGAACAAUCAACUUCUUUCGUAUGAUGCGGAUGUGGUCGAAAGCUGGCUCUGUCACUUCUCGCUGGGAAAAAAGGAUCCCAGAUUACCGAGUGGGAGAGGCAUCUACCUCUUCUGUGGAGCUGUAUCAGUGUAUUGACAACCAGCUCACAGAUUAUGAAACGGUCUGGGUGUGGACACUUAUCAACAGCGGACGUUCCGGCAACUGGGCCAACAUCCUCCUGUCGGUGAUGGCUGGGGACGCGAGUGGCUGGACCUCGGAGCAUUAUGGAGACAUUGCAUUACUGCUAUCCCACUGUCAGGAUGUCUACAGUGCUGAAGUUCCUCAUGCUAUCGAAAACAUUGCCAGAAAAAUUGCCAAGCUGGGCCCAUCCAUGACAGAGAAAGUUUUGAACACUCCUGAUACUGAGUGUUUGCCUCUUCUCCAAGGACAUCCCGAGCUGACUGAGAUGGUCACGGACUUCCUGGCUCGACAUGGCCACAGGUGUCUCCGAGAGUCUGAGCUUAGGGAGAAAUCAUGGCGGUCUGCUCCUGAAAAGUUCAUAUCAGUUGUGAAGAUUAUGCUGAGGACCAAGGCUUAUGAAGCAUCCAAGAAAGAAAUGUUGAGCAUUGAUGAACUCUUGAAAAGGAUGAAGACCAGUCUGUCAUUUUACAAAAGAUCCCUGAUGAAGCUGUUAUUGCCAAAAGCGUGGGCAGCAGUCGGAGCAAGGGAAUGGGGCAAAUCUGUCUCCGUUCAGAUGAGUGAGAUCUUCAAACUGGCAUAUCACAGGCUGGCCGGCUUGAUGCACAAAGAGGGCCGUCUCCCGGAUGCUGAUCUCUUGUACUUCUUGACGCAUCAGGAGAUCGGAUCUCUCUUGUCGAGCCGCUCUGCCCGUCUAAUCAUCAAAGCACAGAGAAGACGUAAGGUCCUUGUGCAGCAGAUGGAGCUACGGUUUCCAAAGCUCAGUCGAUCUUACCCCACUCCUGUCACAUCAGUGUCUGACACCAGUGUUGGUGAAGGAGUUUCAUGUCUGAAAGGUAUGCCUGUCAGUCAGGGGCAAGUCACUGGUCCAGCACGAGUGGUACACAAGCUGGAAGAAGCUUCCGUUAUUCAGGCAGGGGACAUCCUGGUGGUGAACAGCACUGACGUUGGUUGGUCGCCGUAUUUCCCUCUCAUAGGAGGACUUGUCACCGAACUAGGAGGCCUCAUUUCACAUGGUGCUGUUGUGGCCAGGGAGUAUGGCAUUCCUUGUGUGGUCAAUGUGGCAAAUGCGACUUCCAUCGUUCAAUCUGGUGAAAAACUUCACCUAGACGGCCGUCUGGGUUUGGUCAAACGUUUCGACGUAUCUGAACCUCAAGAGUGAGUCACAAUUUUUUGGUUGGGUCUAUCAGUCCAACUCGGCGACCUGGCUACUGUUUGGUUCAAAAAGUUGGCUACUGUUUGGUUCUACGUGUUCAGUCCCACAAUUUGGCUAAUGGUUCUACUUAUGUUCAGUUUAACAAGUUGGCUACUGAACCAGCUGAGGCCCCGAGGAACAGUUGGACCGAUACAAGAGACACAUCUUCUGCUGUUUGUAACUUUUGCAAGGGUUUUUUUUUUUUAAGUUUUAUGUUUGCUGUUGUGAUUUACAGUGACUCUCAUGAGUCAAUAAAUCAAUAGAUAAAUAGAUAGAUAAAUGAAUGAAUGAAUUAAUAAAUCAAUAAGUGAAUAAAUAAAAGACAAAUGAACAAAUACUCAAAUAGACAAAUGAAAUCCAUAGUUCUCAUUUUCAUGAUGUUUACUAUGCAAAUGUUUCUUUAUUUCUAGAUUGAUCAAGCACAGAUGCUUUGAUCAUAAUGUCACAUGAUUGUUAGCAUCAACAUAAACAAUGUACUCACGAUGUUGAUAUUCCUAGAUCAGUAAAGGAAUAAAUGAAAAAUAGAUGAACAGAAAAGGAGUGAAUGAAUCAGUUUGAAAAAUGAGUAAACAAAUAUUCCUGAACGAUUUUAAAAUUGGGUGUUAAGUAUAUAGAUGAAUAAAAUAAAAGAUGGAAUAAAAUGUGAUCCAGUCCUCAUUUUCCCAAUGUUUGCUAUGCUCAUGUUGCUUUGUUUCUUUAUUAAGAAGGCAAAGUUUUAAAUUGAUGUCCUAAUGAACACGUUUUUUUUUUUGGUUGUUCAUUAUUUUUUGUAUUUAAAAAAUUUUUUUGGGGGGGAAGGGUAAACA